AAGGGGAAUUAGAAGUGUUUAUGUAUUGAAAUAAUGUCGACUGUAUGUAAAGGGGAAGAUUCCUUAGAAGUACCCAGUAUGGUUGUGGCAGUCGUGUAAAUGGUACAAAUCAAUACAAAAUCCGUCAAUCGCGAGAUUCAGUGUAAGGAUUUCUUACAAUUGUUCUCUCUUUGCGAUAGAUAAUUACCAAUGAUCUUUCGUGCAGUUUUUAAAUAAUUAUGUGUGAACUGGAUUCUACGAAUUGAAUAAUUGAAAAUCUAUCGUGAUUAUAUUAUUGCGUGAAAGUACCUAUUUCUGGCAACAUGUCCCAGCGUAGGACGGUUCCCAGGAGAUUGCCUCGAGGCGGUGAUAUCAAUCGUUUCCAUUUUUCACCGGAAGCGGAAGCUCUUAGGUCCCCCAGCUCAAAAUGGCUGCACUGGCUAACAGCUUUUACUGUUAUGCUAAACAUGAUCAUAGUCGGCACAAUCAACGGAUGGACAAUGAUUUCUCUUCAUUAUUUACUAUCCGGGACCGGCGACGUGCCGCUGACCUUAACAUUCGACGAAUCAUCAUGGAUCGUUUCUUUGACAGUACUUGGUUCAAUGAUCGGUUCACUUCUUGGUGCUCAGUUGGUCGUCCGCACCGGUUUUAAAACGUGCCUCGUUUUAUGCAACACAAUGUUCACCGUAGGCUGGUUCAUCAUCUACGUCACAACUUCCGUGCAAGUACUAUACCUUGCUCGAGUGAUUCUCGGCGUAGGCAUUGGUAUUGCCAACACGGUAAAUCCCAUGUACUUGUCCGGAAACUUCGACAUCGGUAUCAAUGGCGUCGUAAGUUCCCUAGUCGGAAUGAGCGCAUCUACCGGGUCAAUGUUAGCAUACUCCCUGGGAAUCUUGAUGACGUACGAGUCACUGCUGCUGACUCUUGUAAUAGUAUCCUUUAUAGCCGUCAUGUCGAACACGUGUUUCUCCGUAAUUGGAUAUUCCUCGGUGGCAAGAGAUCGAAUGAUGCAAUCAAGGAGGUUAGAAUAUUACAAAGACAUCGAAAGUCCUCACAGUGAGGAAAUUGAACUACGUGCUCUACGCGGACAGACCAGAAACGAGUUACCCUCACGAUCCAGAAGCAAUUUACCGUUACAAUCCAGAAGCAAUUUAUCGUCACAAUCCAGAAGCGAUUUGCUCUCACAAACUACAAGCCAAUUACUCCAAUCAUCCACAAGCGAAAUACAGCGAACACCUACAAUCGAAAUUCACCCAGAACCUACAAGCGAAAUACACCCACGAACGAGAAGUGAAUUACACCAACCGUCCACAAGCGAAUUACGCCAACCAUCCACAAUCGAAAUUCACCCAGAACCUACAAGCGAAAUACACCUACGAACGAGAAGCGAAUUACACCAACCGUCCACAAGCGAAUUACGCCAACCAUCCACAAGCGAAAUUCACCCAGAUCCUACAAGCGAAAUACACCCACGAACGAGAAGCGAAUUACACCAACCGUCCACAAGCGAAUUAUGCCAACCGUCCACAAGCGAAUUACGCCAACCAUCCACAAGCGAAAUUCACCCAGAUCCUACAAGCGAAAUACACCCACGAACGAGAAGCGAAUUACACUUACGAUCCAGAACCAAUUUGACCACACAAUCCUGUGUGGAUUCACGAGGAUCGACGGACAUACAUGAUGCAGAUAGGGAUGAAAGUAAAUAUACCUGUUUAACCAAGCUGGAAUUAAUACUACAACGAAGCAACCGGAAAGCUCUGUUUAUCAUGCUUGGCUUAAUUGUGGCACAACAUCUUAGCGGAAACUUCAUCACUAUGCAGUAUAUGCAAGUGAUCUUUAGCAAAAUAACGAUGAACAUCGAACCACAACAAGCGACAAUAUUGGUCCUGUGUGUCAACCAUAUAUCCAACGCUAUAACCAACAUAAAAGUGGAAUCUCUUGAAAGAAGAGUAUUUUUGGUUAUGUCUACGCUUGGGUCGUGUUUUACAUUGAUCAUUUUAGCAAAUUAUCUUAUGUUACAUGAAUAUAAGUCUGACGUUUCCACCGUCUCUACUUUUCCCGCUAUCGACUUAAUUAUAUAUCAAAUAAUGUUUCAAAUUGGUUUAGGCACGUUACCCAAUGUUCUCCUAAACGAGUUAUUUCCUAGGAAACUAAAAGGCUUUGUUAGAGACAUCAUUGUGAUUUUUGAUGGAAUAAUUGGUUUUAUCAUGCCGAAACUGUAUCAAGUGGUUACCGAUAAUGUAGGAUCAUAUGCGAAUUACCAUAUCUUCGCGAUAUCAUGCUUUUUGGCAUUUCUAAUGGUGCUCAUAUGGAUACCGGAAACAAAAGGAAAAACAUAUCAGCAGAUUGAAGCCCUUCUAGUUGGUGAAAAUUUGAAUUCUUCGAAUGAAGAAGUUAGAACCAAUGAAAUGGAUUCGUAGAAUAUGACAGGAGAAAUUGCACCGUACGUCUAUGGCACGGUGCCUACUUGCACGGAAUAUUUUAUUUCUCAUUUUUAUUAGUAUAACGAUAAAGACCUACAAUUUUAUCACGAUAUGCAAUUUUUGUAGUAUUUUUGUAGUAGUUUUCUUCGUUUGUUCGUGUAAUUUUAGAAAUGUGUUUAACAAAGGUGAUGGUCAUUUACAAACAUAUCUAUCGUAUAAAUUGACUUGCAUUGAUCUUAGAGGAAUGCAUGUUCUCAAACUAAACUUUUUAUCCAUUUCAUAACACGAACAAUGUAAGAAUAUCAAUUAACUCGAGAUAAUUGAACAACAGUUUGUAAAAGUAAGAAAAGUAAUAUAUUAAAGAAUGACAAGGUAACAUAAUACUGACAAGAAAAAUUUUUUAUACCUCAGCUGCUAUUUAUGCUGUUAUUUUUUUGCAAUAUGUAACAUAUGUAUAUCACAUAUACACAUGUUAAUAUUGUUACGAUAAACAGCAAGUAUGCUGAAAAAGUCAGUAUUUAUGUUAAAAAUAAUGUAAUAUAAUUAACAUAACACAUUGCUAAUAAGUACUUAUAUUACAAUGUGUUUGUCAAUGAUAAGCAUAUGUGUUUACAUAUAUAAAAAUAUAUGUGUAAGACACGGCUUUUUCGGCGUUAUAUUACAAUUAUUACUGAAAAAUAUUUGAAUAUGUCAGUUCAAAUAUUAUAGUAAUUACUGUACCAUAACACAGUGAUAAAUAUCUAGCCUUGUCUAGCAGAAAUUCUAUCGAACUGUUGAAUGUUAUAUUCAGUAAAUUACGGCUAUAAUAAUAAUGUUCGCCUCAGAAAUUUAUAAUAUUUCCAACUUUUAAAACACGAUAAUUAUUAAAUAGCGAAAAUUUAAAUAUCGAUAAUUUUAU